AUGAGUCGAAUAACCUACUUGGACGGGAUUGCCAUUGGUCAACUCAUCUUCUACUCUCCAGCACUUUUGACGUCCAUCUACAUAUGCUUCAAGCACGGAUUCGCCAAAGCCUCGGGAUGGAUCUUCUUGGUCCUGUUCAGCAGUGUACGACUUGCGGGCGCAGGUGCUCGAGUUUAUCUUAUACAUAACCCCAGCUCGAGCGAUGCUGAGACGGCCGCCUUGAUCUGUUCGAUCCUAGGCCUAUCGCCCUUGCUGCUGGCAUGGCUCGGUCUCCUCUCCAGAAUUCUCUACUCCAUACUCGAUCAGCCUUGGCGUACAAUUGUUUCGAUUGUACUUGUGAGAGCUAUCCAGAUUCCAACGACCGUUGGCCUUAUACUUUGCAUCGUGGGUGCGACGAGUGUCGACACGCCUACGCAAGUGUAUACCGAAAGCACAGUCCGUAUCGGAAUCGUACUCUUCACUGUAGUCUUCGCACUACUGCUGAUAUUCAAUGUGAUGGCGGCCGUCCUGGCCCGCUCCACGAUGCGCGGCGAGAAAGUGCUCCUCGUCGCUGUUAACCUAGCAGCACCGCUGAUGCUCGUCCGCCUGGUUUACCCUCUGCUCGCGGCAUUCAGUCACAUCAACCUCUUCCAGAUCGGGAACGAAUCAACUUCGGCGGUUACAACAUCGUUGUUCAUGGAAGUGGUGGAAGAAUUCGGUGUUGUUAUUAUCUACCUUGUUGCGGGCAUAUUACAACCGGCCUUUCCAAAAGAUGGAUCCCAGGAAGAAGGGCUUGCGCAGAGAUACAAUCGUGCAGAUCUGCCAGGACGCCUCGAGAAGCUUUCUUUCCUAGCUACAUUGUUCACGACAGGGAGUGAACUGAAGGCCAGGCGUGGUUAUGGCCGUGGGGUCGAACUUCAAAGUCGUACCUCAGGUGAGCGCGAGUUGCGAAAACAUGGUCUCCGAGGUCAAGUUUGA